AUGCAAAGGAAUAACAGUAACUCCGGUGGUACAUCAAGUGUUCAUUCAGCAUGUGCUGCAUGCAAGCAUCAAAGGAAAAAAUGCAACGAAGAGUGCAAACUGGCAGCCUAUUUUCCGGCCGAUAGAAGCCGGGAAUUUCAGGCGGUUCACAAAGUUUUUGGAGUGAGCAACGUUACAAAGAUUGUGCAUAGUGUUGAUGAAGAAGAGAGACCAAAAGUUGUAGAUUCACUAAUCUGGGAAGCCCUUUGGAGGCAAAAGAAUCCAGUUUUAGGCCCCUAUGGGGAGUAUAAAAGACUUUGCGAAGAGCUUAAAUUAUACAAAAGCCAAGCCAUGAUGCAAAACCAGAACCAAAAUCAUCAAAUAGUGGCUGGCCAAGGGGGAAUCCUUUUCCAAACCCCUUUAACUGGAUGGAAUAAUGGAACAGAUAAUGGAAUGAAUAUUGGAGAACUAGUGGUUAACAAUAACACAGGGAGUUAUAUUAAUCAGGAUAUUGGAAAUUCCAUGAUUGAAUUGGAGACUAGCUAUGGUUAUCCUCCUCAAAUUGUGCAAAAUCCAUCGAAAUUAAAGCAAGAAAGAGAAGUGGGUGGUGUUGUCAAUAUUCCCCUACAACAGCAGCCACAACAACACUCUAUAACUAGAGGGUUUAAUCAGCAGCAAUACUACAUUUCAGGUCAUUUUUUAUAA